CUAAAGAUGGGUGACUUCUUCGGUCAGGUGUGGGCCUCGCUUGACGGCUUUGGACAAAAAAUGGGCAAGCAUGUCGAACCCGCGCUCGGAAAUGCUUGGAAGGCAGCCGAUGGCCUUGGACAGGAAGUCGGCAAGCACGUCGGCCCUGCUAUUGAAGAGGCCUGGAAGAACGCCGGUGGCUUCGGACAGGAAAUGGGCAAAAGAGUCGGAUCUGCGAUUGGAGAGGCCUGGAAGGCAGCUGAUGAAUUCGGUCAAGAAGUUGGACAGUAAGUUGGAGAAAAGAUAGGCCAGCUUUUGCAAGCCGACUUGGGAGCUGCCUCUGGAGAAGUAGUCGGCUGGAUUCGGGAGCAUCCACACCAGACAGGAUUCCAUGUCGUAAGCGGAGUCGC